AUGGAGGCAGCAGAUGUCAUUGUCCCAUCGCUGGACACGGUGAAGGAGGUGCUUGCAAAGCCGUUCAAGGGCCCCAAGCAGCCAAACAGAGUACCAGUGUAUGGCCAGAUAUCUUCCGACCUGCUCACUCCGUCUGCAGCGUACUUGAAGAUUUCUGCACACUCCAAAUCACAAUAUUCAUUUCUCUUCGAGAGUGCUGCUUCAGAGCGAGUGGGAAGGUACAGCUUUGUCGGCGCGGGUCCGAGGAAAAUCUUGAAGACAGGCGAGGGUCAUGGCGAGGCAUGCGAUCCCUUGCCGGCUCUGGAAGAAGAGCUGUCCAAAUUCGUCGUCGCCGAGGUUCCCGAGCUACGCCUGCCUCCCCUGACCGGAGGUGCCGUUGGCUUUGCUGGCUACGACUGCGUGAGGUAUUGGGAGCCCAAGACCGCUCGACCGAUGAAGGAUGUUCUCAAAGUGCCCGAGUCGCUCUUCAUGUUCUUUGACACGAUCGUGGCCUUUGAUAGGUUUUUUGGAGUGAUCAAAAUCAUCACAUAUCUGGAGAUUCCCAAGAAGGCCGAGGACAUUGACGCCGAAUAUGAGCGGGCCACGAAGGUCAUUGAGGAUGUGAUCAAUGUGCUGAAUUCGCCGGAAAUACCCCUGCCUGAGCAAAAGCCGAUAGAACUCGGGAAGGAGUACACGUCGAACAUUGGCAAGGAGGGCUACGAGCAACAUGUUACCACUUUGAAGGAGCACAUUGUCGUAGGUGACAUCAUUCAGGCCGUGCCUUCUCAGCGGUUCGCUAGACCGACAGACCUUCAUCCUUUCAACAUCUACAGGCAUCUCCGAACUGUCAACCCGUCUCCGUAUCUCUUCUACGUAGACUGCGCCGACUUCCAGAUCAUUGGCGCAUCUCCCGAGUUACUAGUUAAGUCUGAAGCCGGGCGAAUCAUCACACACCCCAUCGCUGGAACACUGCCGAGAGGUAAAACGCCAGAGGAAGACGACAGGCUGGCAAGAGAACUAUCCAAUUCUCUCAAGGACAGAGCCGAGCACGUCAUGUUGGUGGAUCUUGCCCGGAACGACGUGAACCGCAUCUGCGAUCCGAGAGAAACAAGAGUAGAUAGGCUUAUGGUCUGUGAAAAGUUCAGCCACGUGCAGCACCUUGUUUCGCAGGUGUCCAGCGUCUUGAGGCCAGACAAGACGAGGUUCGACGCUUUCAGAUCCAUCUUCCCCGCCGGCACCGUCUCUGGCGCACCGAAAGUAAAGGCAAUGGAGCUGAUUGCGGAGCUCGAGAAAGAGAAGCGAGGUGUAUAUGCUGGCGCUGUGGGCUACUUUGGCUUUGGCAGCGUAUCACACGACGGAAAGGAGACUGAAGGCGAGAUGGAUACUUGCAUUGCCUUGCGGACGAUGGUCUACAAGGAUGGAGUUGCAUAUCUGCAAGCAGGGGGCGGUAUUGUCUUCGACUCGGUGGAGGAGGAUGAGUGGAAGGAGACUAUUCACAAGCUCGGUGCUAACAUGCACUGCAUCACAGCUGCCGAGAAGCUGUAUGCCAGGAGGCAACAGCCAUCAAGCAAGAUAAGUGGUGCAGCCGAAGCUGCGAGGGGUCUUGCACAGACUAUCAUCUAG